UAAUCAUUUACCCGAGCGAUAAAUAAAUAAAUUGAGCCAGUAGGUAUUUUUUUUAAGUGGGGGAUGCUGUUGCUUAUAAAAGUCUGGACGCGGCUCAGUUGAGAACAGUCGACAGAGUGUCAAUGAGUGGAACAAAUCACCGUGCUCACCGAUAUUAAGAUAGAAAAAAUUAAUUAACCGAUUGAAUCGGCUAAAAGGGAAUAAGAAAAGUGAAUUAGCAUGAAUAUCGAGGAAUUUCGUGUGAGGGGAAAAGAGAUGGUGGAUUAUAUUUGUGAUUAUUUGAAAACAUUGGAAGGAAAGAGAGUGACUGCCAAUGUGGAUCCGGGGUAUUUGAGGCCCCUUCUUCCUAAGGAAGCCCCGAGCAAGCCUGAAUCUUGGGAUGAUAUUAUGAGGGACGUAGAGAACAAGAUAAUGCCUGGGAUAACCCACUGGCAGCACCCGCGCUUCCACGCAUAUUUCCCAUCCGGGAAUUCAUUCCCUUCAAUUCUGGGUGACAUGCUAUCAGACGCGAUUGGGUGCAUAGGUUUUUCAUGGGCAGCGAGUCCAGCUUGUACGGAAUUGGAGACAAUUGUUCUCGAUUGGUAUGCUAAAGCUUUGAAUUUGCCAUCAAUAUUUUUAUCAGAGGCUCAAAAUUCAAAAGGUGGAGGAGUAAUUCAGGGAUCGGCGUCAGAGUGUAUUCUAGUAACAAUGUUAGCAGCUAGAAGUCACAUUAUAAAAUUGCUCAGGUCUAAAGAACCGUUGACCGAAGAUUCAGCAUUUUUGCCGAGAUUGGUGGCUUAUUGUUCGACAGAGGCGCAUUCUUGUGUGGAAAAAGCAGCGAUGAUAUGCUUGGUGAAGCUAAGGGUGUUGGUGCCAGAUGAGCAAUGCUCACUGAGAGGUGGAGCUGUUGAAUCGGCGAUUGAUGAUGAUAUCAAGCACGGGCUCGUACCGUUCUUUCUCUCUACCACACUCGGCUCCACUGGUUGCUGCUCUUUUGAUAAUCUUGAGGAGAUCGGUCCUAUUGCAAGACGUAAACGCAUCUGGCUUCACGUUGACGGUGCCUACGCCGGCAAUUCCUUCAUCUGCCCUGAGCUUCGCUAUCUGAUGAAUGGAAUAGAAUAUGCCGAUUCCUUCAAUACUAAUCCAAACAAAUGGCUCCUCGUUAAUUUCGAUUGCUCUUGUCUGUGGGUACGUGAUCGAGUCAAGUUAACAUCAGCGCUUGUUGUCGAUCCCCUCUAUCUACAACACGCCAAUGCAUCCGAAUCCAUCGACUAUCGCCACUGGGGUAUUCCACUCAGUCGCAGAUUUCGAGCGCUCAAGCUGUGGUUUGUUAUGCGCACUUAUGGAAUCACUGGUCUACAAAAAUACAUCAGAAAUCACAUAAGAUUGGCCUGUAGAUUCGAGAGAAUGAUGAGAAAGAAAAAAAAAUUUGAAGUUAUGAAUCAAGUUAAAGUCGGACUCGUCUGCUUCAGGUUGAGAGAUAGUGAUGAACUCAAUCAAGAGCUUCUGGCAAACAUCAAUGCCUCUGGUAAACUCCAUAUGAUACCUUCUAGAAUGAGGGGCAAGUACAUCAUCAGAUUUUGUGUUACCAAGGAACAUGCCAAUGAAGACGACAUAGACUUUGCUCUGGAGAUAAUUGAGGAGCACGCUGUUGAGGUCCUUCUUGCUCAUAAUGACACUGGUGAUGCUGAACUUAUGGCAAAGAGCCCCAAGAGUCCUGCACCCCUCGAUAAAAAACUCGUACGAAAAUUCAGCUUCACCAGAAGUGUCACAAGAGAUGUUUACAAAAGAACAAAGUCCAAAUCUGCCCUUCACGAUGGUGCUACACCCAUCAUGGUUGUUGAAGAUGGCAACUCCCAGACUGAUAAUAUUGAAGAUAUUGACGUGCGUUGUAGUAGCCGGUAGAACGCAAUAAGGCUUACGGUACCAAAUAGUGAUCAGUAUUUAGAGGUAACGUGAGCCAGGGCUGUAGAUAGGUUAUCUAAUUAUCCACCAGAUUUUAUAGAAUUUACACCGACCAAGGAGGUACUCAUUUGACAUUUUACACUCAAUAUCCUAUAUCCUCAAUUCAAUAUCAACAUUCAUAUCUAAAUAUUGCGAUU